UUUAUAAACUGCACACUGAAACUUGAGCUCUCAGCAGCAGCACCAGUCCUUAGUGCCUGCCAUGUGAUAACCUGUUGUGCUAAUGAGCAAACUCUGGGGGCCAGAAAUGAUGUAAUUCUGGGUGGGGUUUGCCCCUGUCUAUUUAGUCUCAGGCACUGAAACGAGGUAUAAUAUUGUCUUGUUUAAGAAACGGAACAGUUGCAAUAUGGGGAAAAAAUUCUUUGACUCCCUGAUAUUGGGACUCCUUAUAGCAAAUUAUAUUUAUGAACCUCUCCCAGACAAUGUUGAAGAACCAUGGAAAAUUAUGCUGUUAAAUGCUAUUUUUAAAACGACGUCAUAUCUGUCCCUGUUUGCUGAAAUAUUGGGAUUAAACAACUCCAUGGAAUCCAUGAUGUUCUUUUCAAGGUUUCAAAGUGUUCCACCAACAUCAGAUGAAAAUGUAACUGUGAGAGAUACAACAUUUAAUGACAUUCCUGUCCGUAUAUAUGUGCCCCAACGGAAGCCAAAAUCUUUAAGAAGAGGCUUGUUUUAUAUCCAUGGUGGUGGCUGGUGUUGGGGUAGUAAUGCUUAUGAAAGCUAUGACCUUCUAUCAAGAUGGACAGCAGACAAACUUGAUGCAGUUAUCGUAUCAACCAACUACAGACUAGCCCCAAAGUAUCAUUUUCCUAUUCAAUUUGAAGAUGUAUACACUGCAUUAAAAUGGUUUUUACACCCCAACGUUCUUGAAAACUACGGUGUAGAUCCCAGAAGAGUUGGUAUCUCUGGAGAUAGUGCUGGAGGAAAUUUAGCUGCAGCCGUGACUCAGCAGCUAUUAGAAGACCCAGAUGUCAAGAUCAAACUCAAGGUCCAGUCUUUAAUAUAUCCUGCCCUUCAGAAUUUUGAUAUGGAUUUACCAUCAUAUAGAGAAAAUUCACAUUUUCCAAUUCUGUCCAAAUCACUCAUGGUCAGAUUCUGGAGUGAGUAUUUUACUACAGAUAGGUCACUUGAGAAAGCAAUGCUUUCUAACCAACAUAUACCUCUGGAAUCAAUUCAUCAGUUCAAAUUAGUUAACUGGAGUUCUUUGCUUCCUGAGAAGUUUAAGAAAGGCCACAUUUAUAAGACUCCAACUCAUGGCAGUUCAGAGCUGGCUAAAAAAUAUCCAGGUUUUCUAGAUGUGAAAGCUUCACCUUUGCUAGCUGAUGACAACAAGUUGCGUAAUUUACCCCUGACCUAUAUCAUCACUUGUCAAUAUGAUGUCUUAAGAGAUGAUGGGCUCAUGUACGUUACUCGACUUCGGAAUUCUGGAGUCCAGGUGGUCCAUAGCCACGUGGAGGGUGCAUUCCAUGGGACAGUUUCUUUUCUGUUUAUGAAAAUUGGUUAUAGGCUAGCCAACCAGUAUAUUAGUUGGCUAGAUGAAAACCUGUAGUAAAAAUCUGAUCAAUAUAGUAAAAUGUAAGCCCCCAUGUUUCAGGAAAAAA